UACCGGCAAACCAUCGAGCGAACGAUCGCUGGAGUCAGUCUGUCUUGAAGAAUUGACGUGUCCGGUAGUUCGUUUGUAAUGAGAAGUGCUUUAUUAUCUUCGUGCCGUGUGUGGUGGGGCUUAGCAGGUGGUAUCGUGUUAUUCGCAACGGUAGCUCUUGCAGCGGAUGAUGCACUUCUGCGUCGAUUUCCUGAUGGGUUCGAGUUUGGUGUAGGUACGUCCGCCUAUCAGAUCGAGGGUGGUUGGAAUGAGGAUGGCAAAGGGGAAUCGAUCUGGGACCGGCUUACACACGCCGACCCAUCGAAGAUCGCGGAUGAAUCGAAUGGAGAUGUUGCGUGUGAUAGUUACCACCAGUGGAAGCGAGAUGUUGAGAUGGUGAGACAACUCGGUGUGCAGUACUAUCGCUUUUCGCUUUCGUGGCCCCGCAUUAUGCCGACCGGGUUGAGCAAUAACGUGAACGUGAAAGGGCUGGAAUAUUACAACAGUCUAAUUGACGAGCUGCUAGGAAACGGUAUACAACCGAUGGUGACACUGUACCAUUGGGAUCUUCCGCAACGGUUGCAGGAAAUGGGAGGAUGGCUAAAUCCGGACAUUGUUCAAUAUUUCCUGGAAUUUGCGAGGAUUGCCUUCAGUAGCUUUGGUGAUCGUGUACAGUUGUGGACGACCAUUAACGAACCGUGGCACGUUUGUGAGAAUGGUUACGGACGGGAGGAGAUGGCACCGGGAUACGAUUUCCCUGGCAUAAUGGCAUACAAGUGUGGUCAUAACGUUCUACGAGCACAUGCAGAAGCUGUCCAUCUGUACCGUACUUCGUUUAUGGAAAAACAGCGUGGACGGAUCGGUAUCUCGCUGGAUGCUCGUUGGCCAGAACCAGAACACAUGACAUCUGCGGAUGAUUUGGAAGCGUCCAACUGGCAGCUACAGUUUCAUCUUGGUUGGUUUGCUCAUCCCAUAUUCAGUGUGGAAGGUGAUUAUCCACCAGUAAUGAAGGAACGAAUAGCGAAUUUAAGCACAGAGCAAGGCUUUCCACAUUCGCGUCUGCCCGCGUUUACGUCACGUGAGCUUAAUCUACUGCGAGGAUCGUCAGAUUUCUUUGCACUCAAUACCUACACGACGUCGCUGGUGCACAAGAAUGAUUUGAAUAAUUCAGCCGGAUAUCCCGUGCCUUCCUAUCUGCAUGAUAUGGGCGUAGUCGAAUUUUCCGAUCCCGAUUGGCCCGCAGCGGAAGAAACUUCCUGGAUAAAGAUAGUACCAUUUGGGUUACACAAACUGUUAAACUGGAUCAAAGAUAACUACAACAGUCCGAUGAUCUACAUUACGGAGAAUGGUAUCGGUUCCGGACCCGGCACGAAGGAUCCACAGCGUGUGCAUUACUUCAAAUUCUAUCUUAACGCCGUGCUGAACGCGAUCGAAGAUGGUUGUGAUGUGCGUCUGUACGUGGCAUGGAGCUUGAUGGACAAUUUCGAGUGGAGAGACGGCUACACACAAAAGUUUGGCCUGUUCUACGUGGAUUUCGACGAUCCGAAGCGUACGCGGUACGGCAAGAUGUCGUCCAAAGUGUUCGAGCGCAUCGUCAAAACACGCACCAUCGAUUUUAACUACAACCCGGAACCCGAUGUCUACAUAACGGGGUAUAAAGCGGACGGAUACUCACUGCUGCCCGAUCUGUUCGUGUUUGGUUUGACAACCCUGUUUGCGAUGUUAACGCGUCGCAUGUGUGCGACGUUUGUUUAGCGACGUUUUUUUUUGCUGUUUUCUUAACUAUUUGUCAUGGAUUGGUAGGAGUGUUGAUGAAGUUUACAUUAAGAUACAGUUGUACGUAAACUUUUAUAAAGAAAUAGUUGUAAACUUAAAAAAGAAUAAUCUCUUUCAAUGUAAAGCUACUGUUGCAUCCGGCACGUAACUGCAGAUAAACCAAUGCAAUACCAGUAGAAAACUAGGACAGCUUUAAUACGGAGGAUAUCUGUUUCACGCGUAGGUCGUGUCAGUUGAAGAUCAAUAAAGUGCCGGUACAUGCAAAACAA